AUGCCGGUUACACUCCGCCAGCGCCUCGACUGCCACUAUUGCGGCAGGCGAUCAAAACAGACGCCGGGCAAGAAACGUGGCGGCAGAUUUCAGUGCGAGCACUGUCUGGCCGUCAACUUCUUCGACGAGAACGGAGAGAUAGCGGACGUUCCUCUCGAGGAAGCAGCGCCAGCACAGCAGCUUGCGCAACCGGUCGAGACCGACCCGCUCACAGAUGUCUUCUCCGCCCGAGACUCGAUCUUCUGUUCCACGUGUCUCAAGAACCAGCAUAUAUUCAGCUAUACCCUCUCGCAAUAUCUUCCGGACCCAGAGCAUCCCGACUAUGACAGACUGGAGAAAGAACUGCCAGAGUAUAAGAAAGGCCUGGAACAACGAUACCCACAAUGCUGUUCAAAGUGUGAGCCGAAAGUAAGAGCCCAGUUGCAAGAGGCCACCUACAAUGCGAGAAGCGACCACCUUCGGAGAGUGUUGGAAAAGUCUCGGCAGCGAAGGAUUGCCAGCCGGUGGGGAUGGAGGAGUCUCCUCGUCAACGCUGCAGGAUUGGGAUACUUUGCCAGUCUCGCUGUCCAAGUAACAUGGCACUUGUACGGGUCGCAAAUCACCAGUAUAGCCACGGUGGAAGUGAUUCGGCCCGCCGAAUGCCUUCGACAAGGGUCUCUUCAUUCUUCGUGCUUGGAUGCAACGGAGCCGCUGGUGGAACUCUCCCUCGUGUUAGGACUCCUUUGCGUAUGGUGGAAUCCCAAAUGGCAGGAGAAGUUGCUCAACAGCGAAGGGCGCCUGGUUGGUUUACACCAAUACUACCUGAUGCAGCUUGUUCUGCUGGGGUUGAGGUUCAGUGCUUGGAUCAUCAUCUUCCACCUCCCCGUCUCACUUUGGGUGAAGGCUAUGCUGCACGCCUGCUUCGCCGUCGCACUGUCUGUGCUCGCAGGCUGGUCUGUGACUCGGAUCGUUCAAGUCAGAUUUGCGCCACCGAUCAACUGGCAUCAGGAUCCUGCUCCCCUACUGACAAACCAACAAUUCGUACCUUCUGGUCGUUCGGAGUCCCAAUCCCAACCACUGCGGGAUCGGCCAUUCAGCGUCGAUAGUCUAGCUCAACCCAGCAAACCGACUUAUCAACCAUGGGACCCUCCCACCCCACCUCCAGAUCCAGCAGAAGCUAUGGAUUGGACACCCACACAACGAACAUUUCAGCCACAACCAAAGCAGGUUCGAUACCAAUCUGUGGAGCCUACUCCAUUCCACGGCAGGUUGCCGGCUCUUAAUUCAAGAGGAGUUUCCAAAAACAAUCAGAAUCAAAAAUUGCCCGGCAGAGAUGCCAUAGGUCUGCCGCCUGGGUUCUUCGACAAGCCGAAGACGACGGCACUGCCUCCUCGUCAGACCGCAGCCGCAAGCGAGACAAUGGCGCAGCCGACCUUCUUCGGUCACAACCGAGAGUCUGAUACAGGACUUGAAGACAUCUUUGAUUCGGUGUUCUCCCUUCGAGACCGAUCUUCUGGAGAAGACCCUCCCGCCUCAGCAAGAACCACGCAGCUGGUUCGAGACUUUGGGCGGCACCAGACGGAUACAUUCGAGGUGCAUCCCAUGACCAAUGGCGUGUCGCCUCUGGCUCUCUUCAGCGGCAUCGCCAUCUUCUUUAUCUUAAUCGGCUUGGCUUUCUGGAUAUUGGAGGCUGCCAUCACAUCUACAACGCCCCAGCUCGGUUACUACCUUGUCCUUUCUAGCACAGCCAUCCCGAUCGGUCACAUUAUGAUCGGCCUGUAUCGCGAUGGUGCUCACAAACGGUCUCUGAAGCUAUUUUUGUACGCGUUCGAAGCAAUCGCGCUGAUCGCUGUGGCCAAGCUCCGCGAACCAUUUGGAGAUCUCCUUCGAGAUCUGUGGGACAAGCUUGCGAUCGGGGCUGUGGCUUUGCUCCUGCCGCAAGAAUAUUUGGCCUUGAACCGUUCAUACUCCCCUCCGAGCUCUAGGCAAUGGAAUACGCCACAGAACCCUGUUCCUACAAGACGAAAGCCGAAACAAUCGGGGCAGAAACCUAUCAGUGAAACAGCCAUGGCAGAGAACUCAAGUGCGAUCAUGCCCGGACUCGUCCGAGCAGAAUCCAACGAAUCAAUCGGGACACGACCAUCCAUUUCUACAGACAGCGAGCCUAGAGAGUCGAGCCCGUGGGACUCGCCGCUCAAACCUCAGAAUGAGCGUUUCGACUAUUUUGACACGAUGAAGCCGCAAACGUACACAAAGAGCAAUACGCGACCGCAGGCCCAGAAAUGGAAUGCCCCACUCUUGUCCUCUGGCGGCAGUCGUCUGGCAACCACACAGCCGUUCGGCUUGGAUGCCCCCAUGCCGCCUCCGGAUAACGACCGAAGUACGGGCUUAACGAACACUUUUCGACGGAAUCUGAAGCUAUCAGCACCCGCGAAGCACCCUGGCGCAGGCGCAAGUCCCAGGCGGAGAUUAUGA